AUGCAGAGCGACGAUGUCAUCUGGUCUGUAAUCAACCAGCAGUUCUGCUCGUACAAGGUCAAAACGGCGACACAAAACUUCUGCCGAAACGAAUACAACGUAACGGGCCUUUGUAACAGACAGAGCUGCCCGCUCGCGAACUCGCGGUAUGCGACAGUACGGGAGAAGGAGGGAGUGCUGUAUCUCUAUGUGAAGACGAUAGAGCGUGCACAUUCACCAGCACUGCCGAUCGAUGCCGAGCUGAAAUACUGGCCGAACUUCAUGACCCAUAAAUGCAAGCAGCGUGUAACGAAGAUCACACAGUAUCUCAUCAAGAUGCGCCGAAUGCGCCUGCGGGAACAACCUAAGUUGAUCGGUGUUAAGAAAAAGCUCGACCGCCGCGAGGCAGUCCGCGAGCGCAAAGCGCUCUCCGCCGCCCGCCUCGAGCGCGCGAUAGAAGCCGAGCUGCUCGAGCGUCUGAAGAGCAAGGCGUACGGUGACGCACCGCUCAACGUCAACGAGGAGGUGUGGCGCGCGGUGCUCGACCGGGAGAAGGGCAAGGGCAAGGAGGCGAUCGCGGAGAGCGACGAGCUGGACAUGUUGGACGACGAGACGGACGAGGAAGACGAGGAAGAGCUGGAGAACGAGAACGAGUGGGAUGACCGCGAGUUCGUAAGCGAUCUGAGCGGAGAUGAGGACGGGCUGAAUACGCUUUCUCUGCAUGUCUCGUGUUCACGAACGUUGCAGUCCGGAGAGGACGAGGACGAGAGUGGGGAAGAUGACGAUGAGGAGAGUGAUAGCGAUGAAGACGAUGAGCAGGCUGAGAAGACGAAUCUCGGAAAGCGGAAGGCAGCACCCAAGUCGCAGAAGCCAACUCGUCGGAAACCGGAGAAGAAAGCACGCCGUGGAGGAGCGAGAGUGGAGGUGGAGUACGAGGAGGAGACCGUCCCACUCACGAAGGAAGCACUGGCGAGCUGGUAG